UGUAUCCCGAGCUGUACUUGUGUCAUCGGGUCGGUGUCGAAAGGGUGCUGCAUCUUGUGAGUGCAUCGAACUGACGGACGUGCGCGAGAUCAUCCCUUAAUUUCGCAGCGAGCCAGAGGACAUCGAGUGUGAUAUAGUAAAACGGUGCUGGUGGCUCGAAGAUGCUCGAACAGUGAGCGGAAGCCCCGCUUUCUCGACAAGGUUCGUGCGCUUAACAGCGCGGUGGGGUGGCCUCAAUGCCGGUCAGGAAGGGCCUCCUCGCUCCACAGAAUACUUUCUUGGAUACCAUCGCGACUCGUUUCGAUGGAACCCACAGCAACUUUGUACUGGGAAAUGCGCAGGUUCCGACGAUCUAUCCGAUCGUCUAUUGCUCCGAUGGAUUUUGCGAACUGACAGGAUUCGCGCGAGCGCAAAUCAUGCAGAAGGGUUGCGCUUGCAAAUUUCUCUACGGGCCGGAAACGAAGGAAGAAGAAAAGGCUAUGAUCGACAAGAGCCUCGAGAGCAAGACAGAAUUGAAAAUGGAAGUUGUCUUUUACAAGAAGAACGGAAGUCCAUUCGAUUGCCUACUCGACAUUGUUCCGAUAAAAAACGAGAAAGGCGACGUCGUUCUGUUCCUGGCCUCGCACAAAGACAUCACGCACACCAAGAAUCUUCAGCUCUGUGAGUUGCACGAUAGUGACUCAAAUGGCAAUAUUGACCCUGAGGCACCGCCUUCCAAUUACGGUAGGAGAAGAAGUCGCGCCGUCCUUUAUCAACUGUCAGGCCAUUACAAGCAGGACAAUAAGCACAAAAUUAAGCUAAACAAUACGCUUCUACAUUCAACUGAACUACCUUUACCAGAAUACAAAACGUCGGCGAUCAAAAAGUCGCAAUUUAUCCUUAGUCAUUACGGUGGUUUCAAAUCCUGCUGGGAUUGGCUGAUCCUCAUCGCGACCUUUUACGUGGCAAUAAUCGUUCCCUAUAACGCAAGUUUCAUUAACAUCGAUAGGCCUACCAUGGUCAGUGACGUCGUCGUCGAAGCGCUCUUCAUUAUCGAUAUCCUUUUGAACUUUAGAACAACGUACGUGAGUAGAAAGGGUGAAGUCGUCAGCAAUAGCAGAAGCAUCGCCGUCAACUACGUGAAAGGCUGGUUCUUUGUUGAUCUCGUAGCAGCAUUGCCGUUUGAUUUUCUCUACGCUUCAGACGUUUACAGCGGCGAGGACUCAGCUCACAGUAAUAUCCAUUUAGUGAAACUCACAAGAUUACUGAGACUCGCACGUCUGUUACAAAAGAUGGAUAGAUAUUCGCAAUAUAGCGCGGUAAUAUUAACAAUGCUAAUGCUUUUUUUCAUUUUGGUCGCGCAUUGGUUAGCUUGUAUCUGGUAUGUCAUCGCCGAAAAGGAGAGAUUGCGAAAUGAUAAAGAUUGGGACUUGGGUUGGUUACAUACUCUGGCUGAGAGAUUGAAAAUCUCUGUACAAAACGUUACGCAUACAGAAAGCUAUAUAACGGCAUUAUACUUCACUUGUAGUAGUUUAACUUCCGUAGGGUUCGGAAAUGUUUCGGCAAAUACAUUCUCGGAAAAAUUCUUUUCUAUUUGCACAAUGUUGAUUGGUGCUCUUAUGCAUGCCGUCGUAUUCGGUAAUGUUACUGCAAUUAUUCAAAGAAUGUACUCUAGAAGAUCUUUGUAUCAAACAAAAUUACGAGAUCUUAAGGAUUUUCUGGUGUUACAUCAGAUCCCGGAAGAGCUCAAACAGAGAAUGCAGGAUUAUUUUCAAACCAUUUGGUCGUUAAAUCACGGCAUUGAUAUACACGAGACCCUUAAACAAUUUCCCGAGGAAUUGCGAGGAGAUGUUUCGAUGCAUCUUCAUCGUGAGAUUUUAAGUUUACCGAUAUUCGAAACCGCCUCUCAGGGAUGUCUAAAGCUACUCUCCCUCCAUAUUAGAAACAACUUUUGCGCCCCCGGCGAAUUUCUCAUUCACAAAGGAGAUGCGCUCUCAUACAUCUAUUAUCUGUGUAACGGAUCCAUGGAAGUUGUGCAAAAUGACAUGGUGGUCGCAAUUUUAGGAAAGGGUGAUUUGGUGGGUUGCGAUAUAAAUGUUCAUCAGCAAUAUGGAAACAACGGCGGUGGUACGACCGGAACUGGCUCAGUUGACGUCGUAGUAAAAUCCAGUUGCGACGUCAAAGCGCUAACAUAUUGUGAUUUGAAAUGUAUACACAUGCAGGGUUUAGUUGAAGUCCUCCGAUUAUAUCCCGAAUAUCAGCACGAGUUUGCGCAUGUUAUACAACACGAUCUUACAUAUAAUUUGCGCGAAGGAUACGAGGCAGAGCAGGAAUCCGAUGUGAAUGGUCCAUCAUUGACAUUGCCCUCCAUCAGCGAGGAUGACGAGAAUGCAGUCGAGGAGGGAGAAACUUCCCCUUUAUCACCACCGAACAAAUCACCGCUUCAUACAUCUUCGAGUCCGCGACAUGCCAAGUUCAGGGAAGACUAUAGAGAUGGGAGACGAGCGGCAAGGGGUGUCUUGGUACGAGGAGGAAGGGCAGCGCAGGUGAUCGUACAGGAGUCUAUGGAGGAGCACAUUCGAGGAUCGGUCGAGAGACUAGAUAAUCAGUUUUCCACAUUGCAUCAAGACGUUGCCACGCUCAGUAGCGAGGUACGCAACGCCAUUCAAGCAUUGCAGAUGCUCGCCUGCUCACCCCAAAGUAAUCCGAAUUUGCCGACGCCGGCGGCGAGCCGCGGCAGCGGGGUCCUCGCGAGGAGUUCGUCCCAUCCCCCGGACGCCAUUUGUUGGAAUCCGCCAGAGAGAUUGAUCGACGCGUCGACGCAGACGGAUUGGCCGGUCGACUUGUUCGAGGCAUGGGUGCGUGCAAACCCCCGCAGAUCUCUAAAAGCCCUCGGUCUCGAUCCGAAUGUCGUCCUGAGGUUACCUCCGCCGUCGCCUACGCCGUCGCCGUCCUCGCCUCCGCCGCCGCCCUACGAGCCCUUAUCACCUUUGGUGAGCUCGCCGCAACAAUCGCCCUCGCGAUCUCUAACAACAGGAAAUGACAGCUACGUUUUUGGAAUUACUCGCAACGCCUCGCACAUUCCUCGAUUGUACAGGCCGCCCAAUUCAACCUGGGAUCCUGACAACAAGCUGUGGCAUCGAUUUAGCGCCGGCGACGCCGAUAACGUAUCGAUAUAUCAGGCGUUGCGUCUUCCGGAGUCACGCUCAAUCCCUUCGAAGUUCAAUCCCUUCGACAGCUGAGCUGAUUAAUUAUUCCGGGCUUGCACAAAAAUUCAUUUAUUCAUUAAUGUGAAAGAAAAGUCUGUUGCAUUUAAUUUUUAUCAGUAAAAAAAAAGAUAAUUCUUGCAUUGUGAUAAAACGUUCAAAAAAUUUC